AAAUUCAGACGUAAGCGCCACACAAGGCAGCAGGUGCAGCAAAGACUUCAUACAACAUCGGUUUUAGAGCAGAAGGGAACUAGGGAAAGAGAGAAGCUCUGUACAUCUAACCCAAGCUCGGCAAUGACAGUGGCAAGCGGCAGGUUGCUCAGGGCAACCUCCAAGGCAUUCCAAACGGACAGAAAUCUUCCUUCACCUUCGACAUCUGGUAACACCACCCCAUACUGUAUCCCCUCUCUGAAGUUCCCGUUCCUGUGGGAGGCGAAGAAGCCGCCGCACAUGAUCAGCCGCGGCGCAGAGCAGAGGGCUGCCCUGAUCACCCUGGGAGCUGCCAGCAUCACACCUGUGAAGAAGCAGGGGGUUUUCCUGUCGGAGUCGGAGAUGAAGAGCAUUGAUCUCUUGUUACCCCUGGCGUAUGAGAUCACAAGGAGGAUGAUCCUGAGGAAAAUUGGAGCCGCCCAGUUGGCACUGGCAGGGCAGUGCUGGCCCAAGAUCAUCGAGAGAAUGAUCCAUCAGGUCAUCAUCAAUUGCCAGUCUUUCACACUGAUCGGUGUUGCAGGAUCCCUUGUUGGUUCAGUCCCGUUGUUUGCUGAGGGUUGUGCUGUUGUGAUGAAGUCAUUCUUCAUGCGCUUCCACGCCAUGUCUCACACAGUAGAUCAGGGUGAAACCAUAAGGUUGCUUAUUGAAGCGUUAGACAUGUUUCUGAUUGGCACUGCUCUUCUCACGUUUGGCAUGGGGAUGUACACCAUGUUCUAUGGUUCUCAGAGCAUUCAGCAACAGGCACGGCAUGUUGACACGUCCCACUUAGGUGCAUUCAACCUGAAGAAGCUGAAAGAAGGUGCCAGGAUCAGGUCCGUCACGCAGGCGAAGACGAGGAUCAGCCAUGCCAUACUCCUGCUGCUCCAGGUGGGGGUUCUUGAGAAGUUCAAGAGCGUGCCGCUGCUUACUGGACUCGACAUGGCCUGCUUUGGUGGAGCGGUGCUCGCUUCCUCUGCUAGUGUCUUCCUUCUAUCAAAGCUCUAUAUGGGCCAGCAGGGAUUGAAGCAAACCGUUACUUGAACAUAUCUCCAUGUUGCAGCACAAGAGUUACCCACAUGUUAGAGUAUGGAUACACAGAAACAAGCGGAAAAUACAAUCCUUCUGCAGCAAGGGAAGGGGAUCAGAACAUUCAGAGUCGCAGUCCCCGUGUUGCACCAGUAGAUUACUUUGGUUCUCAUAAAUUAAUUUGUAUUCUUGCGUUCUUUAUAGUCAGCAAGACUAGCAAAGAUGAUCUUGAAAAGAAAAGGUCUAAGAAAUUAGGAAUAGAAGAAUACAGUGUAGGGUUCUUAUGCUUUCCCUUAUGUAACGGGCAAAUGGUUUGUACUUCACAUCCAUUAUACGAUGUCAAUAAAACUUAUAUGGCUGUAUUGCUUUGUA